GCGCAGAUCCGAAGUUAAUUGCGGCGGCCUCACAACUCACUUGCGACCAAUGCCAAGAAGGCAAGCGAAAAGCCCGGAGACCCAUGGUUCAGACGGAGAAGUCAGAACGACUCUGGGAAGUUCUUCAAAUGGACCUUUGCCACCACCGCAUUGGCAAUCAGAUCCACCACUUCUUGGUGAUGCAAGAUGAGGCAUCGGGGUAUGCCGUGAUUCGGCGCAUCAAGGUGACGCCGGAGACUGAAGGAUGGAAUGCCUCAUCCGCCGAGAUCAAGGUGCUGGUGCAGGAGGCAUGGUUCCAGUACUUUGGACCUCCAUCCGUGAUCAAGCUCGACGCCGAGGGUGCUCUACGGGGUCAUCUGGUUACUGACUUGGCUGAGGAGCACGGGGCAGAACUACAAGUAUGCCCAGCUGAGCAUCAUGAGUUCUUAAGUGAAGUGGAACGUCUGAUUGGAGUGCUGAAGGUGAAGAUCGAAACCUUCUUGAGAGGCAACCCCGUGGAUCCCAAUCAAGCUGCUCUGGCCAUCAUCCAGGCACACAACACGCAUGCCAGAAUCCACGGAUUCAGCCCCCUUCAAUGGACAAUGGGGCGGGACUUUGAUGCCGGCGGAGCCUUAGUUCCCCGACCUGGUGAGCUGGCGGCACUAUCGGCAUCGGCGACCCCGGGAACAGAGGCCUUCCAGAAUCGGGAACUUCGUCUACAAGCAGCUAAGGCCUUUAUGGAGCAUCGGGAACGACAAUGGGCAUCCCGGGCAGCGAAUACAAGGCUGAAGAAAGCUCAUGUGUCUCAGUUGAGACACGCAAGCGAGACGGAGAAGAUGAUUGCAGAAUCAUCUGAGCCUACGAGGACCUCACUGUUCCUCCUCUACCUCAUCACCGAGUUCUUCCGACAGGCGAUGAUCGAGCCCCUGGCGAAG